CAAAUUUGGUCCUACGCCUUGAUACCCCUGCUGCUUCAGCUUCGCCCUGCUGCUACCUGCGUGUGAGUGGUUCAAAAUCGACGCAUCACAUCACAUCCGCUAUUCCAUCCUAGGAGUCCGCGAAGUGACCUCCGCGUGGCUCUGACGGGCGUUCAUGUAACUUUCUCAAGUCGGCGUACCGGCAGUCACGUUUGGGAGUGCCUCACCAAUUCCGCCUGACCUCCUCACGCACGUUUGGGAGGGCCUGACCAAUUCCGCGGCCUUCGUUUUCGUUCUUACGACUCGUCAUUUUGCGAGCCCAGCUCACAUGAAAACUGUCAUGUGUAACGCGUAGUCCAGUGUGCUCGCAGCCGUUGCCAGUAACCGUCACAUUUCCUUCAGUUUAGAUACUAGUUCAAAGUACCCACCUUUCCUUACCACAAAUGCUCGUUACUCCUCAUAGUUGUCAGAUGAAUGUUUCGUCUUUUGACGACAAACGCUCGAUGCGUCUCCUGACGACGGCAAAUGAUCGUUACGUCCGCUGACCGCCAAUGGUCGCGUCGUCGUCCGGCGAGUACGAGUACGAGCCGUGGGCCGAGGAGCGUCGCGAGCGCAUCCGGCGUCGCGAGGCCAUCCUCAAUGCCGUGCCGACCACCCCCUCCGGCGCACCCUCCGCUAAAACUCCUCCCAGCGCAUCCGUAGCCGCGGGUAAAGCUGGUAGUGCCGUUAGUGGCGGACUAACAAGCGGACUAACAAGUGGUACAGGCGGGGAGGAGGGGUUGAGUUCGCCGUCUAAGAGCAGGGAGGGGACGGAGGCAAGGGGGGGGAACGAGAGAUCCGUGGCUCGGGUGGUUGCUCGACCCAUGACGUUCCUACGUAGCGUGGCGCGCUUCUACUGCACCAUCUUCCUGCUGUUCGCGGUGCUCACGGCGUGCCAGGUGUACUUCAUGUGGACCGAAGAGCUGGGCGCGCUCGAGGUGUCGUCCACAGGGCUCUCCUCGCUGCUCAACGCGAGCAAGCCAGCGAAGCUCACUCGCCGCAUCAUGCUCUCAACCAUGGCUCGAGACGUCAUGAACCUGCAAGCCUCCCUCACUACCAGCAUGGCACAGCUGCAGGAGCAGCAGGCGCUACUGGCAAACCAAACCGCCGAAGCCCUGCAGGGCGUGGAGCGGCGGCUGACAGGUGGCAGCAAGCGACUGGUGGACUUCACUCGAGCCAUGGGCGAGAAGCAGCGUGGGGAGGUGCAGGCGCUGCAGGGGCGGGUGGAGGAGAUGGGACGGGCGAUGGCGCGGCAGGGCGAGCUGCUGAGGGAGCAGACGGACGCCAUCGCCACACUCAAGGCGGACUUAGAGAUGCGCAAGGCAGCAUCGACCCCCCCCACCAACUACACCCUUUACUACAUCACGGACGACCAUCCCGACCUCUGGCAGCAGCGCACCUUCCGCCGCUACGCCUCCUAUGGCUUCGUCAAGUUCAGCGCCUACCGUGUCUCCCCAUCCCUCAUUGCCAUCCUGGGCCUAUCAGCCCUAGCAAUGCACGACAACCACCGGCUGUCGUUCUGCGAGUGGCACGGCAUGGACGGGUCCGUCAUCCCAGGCCGGCUGGAGAUGCUCUACGUGGGCGAGCACCACAACUUCCUGUACGAGACAGUGGUGCUCAACUGUUUGUUGGAUUCACCUGUGCAAUCACCUGGGGGCUACCUGAAGGCGCGCAUCAACUCUGAGGUCCUCUACCCCUACAGAGAGGCCAAGAGCGAGCCCUUGACAGACCCUGCUCCUCCCUUCCGCCAUCAUCUGCUCUUCUGCGGCCCGCCCAUGUACGGCACCAUGGAGCCGCGGGUCAUCCUUGAGUGGCUGGACUACCACCGCGUGUACGCGGGGGCGGACCACUUUGUCUUCUACGACUCGGGCGCCGUGGACGUGGCUGUGAGGAAGGCUCUAGAAGGGUAUCUCAGUGCUGGCGCGCUGGAGAUUACUGACUUCAGGGAGGCGCAGCAGUGGGACGCGUGGCUGUGGGCCCAGUCCCUAGCCAUCCAGGACUGCAUGUACCGGUCGCGCCGCGUGGCAGAGUGGGUUUUCAUGCAGGACUUCGACGAGUUCCUCGAGGUGCUGCCGCCGCUCACCGUGCCGGCGCUGCUCGCCAAGUACCAGGGGCGGCCCUGGAUCUCGUACGGCUGCGCCGUCUUCAACUCCUCCUACUGCGUCGACUCGCCCACCAACGCCGCUGCUGGGCUCGCCACCCACGACCGGCGGAGGAACGGAGACCUCAGGGGGGGUGGGGGUGCAGCAGGUGGUGGUGGGGGGGCGCGGAGAGUGCACAUGGAGGGGCUGCUUAUAGAGAGGAUGCAUUUCCGGUGGCCGCACAUCUACUGCAUGGACACGCAGAAGUACCGGCCCGAGCACUGCCUGGACCAGGAGGGGCACCGGAAGUACAUCCUCAACCCGCGGCGCGUGCAGGCGGCUCAGAUCCACAUAGUGGUCAAGGGGGAGGGGAUGGGGGAGGGCGUGGAUAUGGACACGGAUGACAUGCGGCUGGCACACUACCGGGGGCUGGCCACCAAGGGUGCGAGGAUGUGUGAGCUGGGCGUGCCCAGAGACUGGUGGAUGCAGUACGAUAGGGUGGGGAGGAUUGCUGCUGCUGUGUGGAACUGCCCUCUUGUGGCGAGCAACCGACAGGCAUGCACACCCAGUGGCAUCGCCAACACUCUUGCAGCCACUGGCGACUCGACAAGCUCCCAGUGACACGAAUGCAGGCAUGUAUGAUUGAAGUCUUGAAAUGCCAUAUCACACCGGUACUCAACUCAAACGAUGCCUUCACUAAUAGAUCUUGUUAUUGUCUAGCAACAAAUCUAUAUAGCGCUGUAGUUUCCUCGAACUUUGGCACUUGAUAUUCAGGUGAUGUGCAGAGCGCGUAUACGCGUGAUUGAAGUGGUUGAGCGGAGGGCGUGUCUCAAAAUCAGAAAGCUAGGGUUUCGUGCUGCAGAGAGAGCACCACCAGCACCACAACACCGAAGCACCAGCACCAAAACUCAGCAGUUCAGCAACCUGACGAGGUCCUCCACUAUUUUCAGUUAGUUUCGCUUCGUCUGACCGCAGAUUGUUCGUGGGCUGCACCGCAUUCCCCGGCGACGGCUUUCGUGGAAAUAUUUUCUUUCGGUGCUGAUUUGUCAACAUUUGCGGUUGUUUUGAAGUCCACCUCACCCCACACUAGUUCGCGGUUGUUUUGAAGUCCACCUCACCCCACACUAGUUCGCGGUUGUUUUGAAGUCCACCUCACCCCACACUAGUUCACGGGCUAUUCUCCACCAUCCACAUAGCGCGAACCAUUUCGCGGGCAUUUGUCCACCAGCCAUGUGGCAAUCCCCUGCGUGGCCUCUUAUCCACCAGCCAAGUGUCAUUUCCUUGCUGAUCUGGCUCAGAUUUUUCAAAUUCGCAUAGUUUCGCGCUCUGAAAGAAUCCUCCCAACGGCUCCCAACGGGCACAUGCGACUCCCCAACCGGGCAUGGGAAACCCCCAGUCAGCUCCCAGCCUUGGUUCCGCCAGGCGAGUGGCUCGCAAUCCCAAUCCCAUUUUGCCAUCGCAGCUCGUCGCCAGCCCAGUUUCACCCGCUUCCCUGCUCGCUCUUCUCGCGCCCCAUCCUUCUCCCUCGCUUCAUUUUACCCCAGC